AUGAGAGCUCCUAGUGCUGAGAUUGUGUUCAUCCCAGGAGUAAGUGGCACGCUGAAAGACGGUGAAGAGCUCACUUUUGAUCCAGAAGCAUACAAGAUCUUCUACUCCUUUGAAACCAAAUGGUCAUGUCUAUCAUUUGACGUUGUGAAGGAUAAUCUUGGUGAGCGUUCCGACUUUCCAUUGGAAUGUUAUAUCGUGUCAGGAAGUCAAGCAGAUAAGCCUAAAAAUAAUGAGCUGCUUGUUAUGGGGCUUAAAAAUCUCAAUGCUUUGGAGGAUGACGACGAUGAAGAUGAAGUUAGUGAUGAUGAAAGUAUCUCUGAAGAGGAUGAGGAGAAGAAAAACGCUUUCAUACAUUCCGUGACUAUCUCACAUUAUGGUGGUAUUAAUCGGGUUAAGGUUCAACGCCUUGGGGAUGGUACCGUAUGCGCAGUUUGGAAUGACUUGGGUAAAGUUCAGUUGUGGAACAUAACGAAUGCUUUGAGUGAAUGCGAGAAAAUGACUUCCACAGGCAAGAACGAAAAACAAAUUUUGGUAGGUUGAAG